AUGGAUGAGUUUAAUUUAGUACCUACUGAACUUUAUCCGGUGGAUACUGACGAUGAGUUUUCUAAAUAAAGUGGUUAUUGUGACUGGCAGCAGCUCUGGUAUUGGAGCUGCCAUUGCCAUUAAAUUCGCAGAAGAAGGCGCUAAGGUCGCUAUAGUAGGAAGAAACCAGGAGAAACUGAACAACGUCGCUAAGAAAUGUGGCAAACCAUUAAUGCUCGUCGCUGACGUCACUAAAGAAGAAGACGCUAAAAGAAUUGUAGAUGAAACUGUGAAAGUAUUUGGCAAACUGGAUGUUUUGGUAAACAAUGCUGGCAUCGGUGGAGGUAGUUCCAUUACAGCUGAUAAUGCCAUGGAAAUCUUUGAUAAAGUAAUGAAUACAAAUCUUCGUGCACCAGUUUAUUUAACUCAUCUCGCUGCUCCACACCUUGUAAAAACAAAAGGUAAUAUUGUGAACAUAUCGAGUGUAGCUGCGUUAAAAAUUCUUAUGCCGGAGGUCUUUGCAUAUUCCGCGUCGAAGGCUGCCUUAGAUCAUUUCAGUAGAGCUGUGGCACUAGAACUUGCGUCGAGCGGUGUUCGUGUGAAUACUGUUAAUCCUGGACCCGUGAAAACUGAUAUUAUUGAAAAUAUGGGUCUAUCAGAGACAGAUCAAGCAGCUACAUUUAAACACAUGGAAGACAUGACGGCACUGAAAAGAAUAUCUGAUUCUGAAGAAAUAGGUGAUCUUGUUUUGUUCCUAGCUAGCGAUAAGGCUAAGGCAAUUACUGGUUCGUCAUAUGUUAGUGAUAAUGGGAUGUUAUUGUAAGCUACGGAUUUAAUAACAACAAAUGUUUACAAAAUAUUUAUAUAGAACAGUGACUCGUUUUAAGUCCUAUAAUAAAAUAUUAACUCUUAGGGCAUGUUUUUUAUUUAAGAAAAUAAAAUAUAGUAUUCAUAAGUAGAAGAAUAUAGAUAACUCGGUCGGUCCUUCCCCGGCUUAGCAUUGUUGCAUUUUAAUCCUAAAGUAUUUUAGAGGAGCACAUUCCCGGCUAUUACGUAGGUAUAGGGAUUUUCUCAAAAAAAAGUAACUUCUGUCGAAGUUGCACCAUACAAAAAGAGUAAUACUAAUAUCAUCGUGACUACGCAUAUUAAAACAAAUUCAACAGUUAUGUGCUUCACAACUAUCUUAUCUGUUAUUAUUAGUAUCUCUAGUCUCUCGCCGACUGCACCUACCUAGGUGGAACACCUGAUGAUAUUAUUUACAACAAUUUACAAUGUUUAAAACAAUCAGUACGGUCCAUAAUACAAUAUUUAUAUUUUUUUCACUUUGCCACUCAGCAACCUUUUUCUUCCCUAGGCAUGUAAUUUUUGCAUUCGUUGAGUAUUAUCCAUUACGUAUUUUCAGAUAAAGACUGAUAACUGCUACUAUACCUAGUCGUUCAGUAAUGAUUUUAUCUUUAAAUCUCCGCUCGUCCCAACUUACAUUGCUGAUUAAUAUUUUUUUUUUAUGAUUAGAUAGUCGGCUUUAUCAUAUUAUUUAAACUAGGUUUCAUAAUUUGUUCUCUCCAGUGUUAGACUGAGUUUUGAAAUACGAGUAACAAAAUGAGUUUCCAAGACAAAGUGGUUAUUGUGACUGGCAGCAGCUCUGGUAUUGGAGCAGCCAUUGCUGUUCAAUUCGCAGAAGAAGGCGCUAAGGUUGCUAUAGUAGGAAGAAACCAGGAGAAACUGAACAACGUCGCUAAGAAAUGUGGCAAACCAUUAGUGCUCGUUGCUGACGUCACUAAAGAUGAAGACGCCAAAAGAAUCGUUGAUGAGACGGUUAAAGUUUAUGGCAAAAUUGAUAUCUUAGUGAAUAACGCUGGUAUCGGUGGAUCAGCCAGUAUUCAAGCUGAGCACGCAAUGGCAGUAUUUGACAAGGUAAUGGCCACAAACCUCCGCUCAGUGGUUUACAUAACUCAUCUUGCUGCUCCUCAUCUUGUGAAGACAAAAGGAAAUAUUAUCAACAUCUCAAGCGUUGCUGCAUUAAGAGUAUUUUCUAAAGAGUCUUUCGCAUACAGCACAUCGAAAGCAGCUCUGGAUCAUUUCAGCAGAGCUAUUGCACUUGAGCUCGCAUCAAGCGGUGUCCGCGUAAAUACCGUCAAUCCAGGACCUGUGUUGACUGACAUUAUAGAAAAUAUGGGUGCAUCGAAGGAACAGGUAGAAGCUGGGUUCAAACGUAUGCAGAAUUUGACAGCCUUGAACAGGAUUUCUGAGCCUGAAGAAAUAGGUGACCUUGUUUUGUUUUUGGCUUCAGAUAAGGCCAAAGCGAUAACUGGAUCGACGUUUGUAACCGAUAACGGAGUGUUGGUAGAUAGUAAAGGACUACAAUAAAUAAUUUCAUUUUUA